UUCAAACAAAUAUGGAUAAAGAACAGAAAAAGAGGAUUACGUCGAAUAUAACUUUCCUUAAAGAGAGAUUAGGAUAUCUUGACCCUAUCCUUGACCAUUUAGUGGACAGAAAUGUCAUUACAUUUGACGAACGGGAGCGGAUUGAUAAAGUCAAUCCACCGACACCUCACAAGAAGUUUAACGAGUUUAUCCAGUUGCUCCUGGCCUCGCCCGAACCACAUGCAUUUACAGCCUUCAUACAAAGUUUAGAAGAGGAACGCUUCUUCAAUAUUGUGGAGAAACUUUGCAAGGAUGGAUUCCCAGGUCGUCCAAACGCCCGGUCAUCCUCGUCGAUGGCGAGGGAAAGUGUGCUGGCUCAACAACUUCGUCCACAGACCAGUAUGCAACCUCGGCGGGAGCACACUGUCCACGCCACGACCGGGGUCUAUCAUAUGUCGUCCGAGGCAUCCGUGACUCAGAUGGUGGGAUCCCAUGCCGCAGAUCACCACCAGCAUCCACAAAAACAACAACAACAACAACAACAGCAACAGGCACAUCAGUCAGUCGCGGAAGCUUCCGGCGGACAUUACGACAGCGGGUUCGCUAGCGGUGCCAGCCGCCAAAGUUCUAGUACAGAGAGGGUCAAUCACAUGAGCAUGGACCGAAUGACCACAGCUAUUGGUCAAAUGUUUGCUGAAUUCAGCGGCAAGGUCACUAAUGAUCUUCUUGACGGAUUCGAAAGACGUCGACAUGAAGAAAGAAUGGAAAUAGAAUUGUCAAUGGAAAGAAAAAUUGCUCAAGAAAUUGAGAGGAAAAUGGACGAAAAGUUGAGUCAUUUCCGUGGUGAUUGGGAGGAGCAGAAGAACCAAAUGGUCGAAAGGAACGAAAAGGCAUUGUUCUCCUUACAAGACAGCGUUGAACAGCUCCGGAACUCAUCGGACGCUUACAACCAACUCAAGCAGAAAUACGACCAGUUGCAACAAACUCAUGCUCAGAUGAGAGAUAAGGAGAACGAAAGAUGGUCGAAACUAUCGACCACGAACAAGGAGAACACACAGCUAAAGAGUGAACUGGAAAUGUCUAACAUAGAGAUCAUCAAUCUCAGAGAACGUGUUGACGAACUGGAAUCUGACAACCGUGCUUUAAAAGACAACGAACUCGCGGACCAGCACCGAAUCAACCAUAUGGUUGCCGAGAAGGAAGACCUCAUUAUCGAGCUGGAAAGAGCAGAGCGGGAGAAGAUGGACCUAAAGAUGAGAGUGGACUCCUUGUCACGUGAGAUUGAACGUCUGCUCAUGCAGCAACAGGAGCGCGCCAAUAAAGACGAUAAGGCGUACCAGGAGGCGCUGAAGAAACAGAACGAGAGGCUUGAUGAGUUGUACAAGGUGGUCCAGGCGCUUACCGAGCGGGAACGACAGUCUAAGACUCUGUUUAUCGGCGGCAACGCUGUGCAGAAGUCAGCUCGCAUGUCGAGACCUAACAAAUAGAUACGUGGAAGAGUUUAAAUCAAAAUGACUACGGAUAUCUGUCAUCUAAUCAAAGCUGUAAUAAAAUCAGACAUUUUGGCGUGAAAACCCAAUACUAGAGAUGAUAUUUGCGAUUUUUUGAUCACCUAGUUUCAUCGACAAGAAAUAGAGCAACUUGCUUUAAGACAUAAAGGUGGGAAAUUAAUUUAACGCCAUACUUCAUCGAACAUUAUGUGCAAAGACCGAAACAUGAACAGUGAAGCGUGUCAGAAACGUUGAAGGAUUUCCAGCUCUGUUGGAACUUUCAUGUGGGCAUUUCAGGAAUUUAUUUUCGACGUAAUUUUAUAACAUUUGUACUACACGAGUAAUUUGUCAAAGAUAUAACAAACAAACAAAACAAAUGCUCCUUUUCGAUACUGUGCAAUGUCUACCGAUUGGUAUGCAAUAGUGUCAAUACUUUAGCUUAUAGUGACCUCUCGUCAGUCCGAACUCGUCCGAUUAUGAAUUAACUUCCAUAUAUAGACGGGAAUUUCCAGAUCUGUCAAUACGUGACUGUUGAUCGGAAGAAGGUGUCGGAUUAGCGAGGUUCCGCUAUAUAAUUUGUUUCCCUGUUAUAAACUCUUUAUAUGCUGUUACAGUUGUUUUAUUUUUAUCUCAAAAUGAAAUGUACAUAUAUUUUCUGGUUUAGAGGUUAAAAUCUAGGAUCUGCGUAUUCAGGUUUCGUGAAAGGGGCAUUCCUUCGUUCGGACAUCGGAAACAUGCAGUUUUUAUUGAUGAAAUCCAUAUCCGAACGGUGAUUUUAUGAGUGUCUGUGCCUACAUGUAAUGCCGAAAUGUACAAGAAAAGGGCGUAUCCUAUACAAAUACCGUAUGACUUUGCGGUAAUUAGUGAUACUUCGGGUCGA